AUGCCUCCUCGCCGUUCAUUUCGCCCUCGCAAUCUUAUCUGCCCAGUCUCAGGAUGCAACAAGCUUCUCAGUGCACAGUCAGGCUUGUCGCAACAUCUGAAUGCAGCACAUCGUCGCCCUUCACCGCCAGCACCAUCGUCCAUGCUUCUGCCAUUAUCUCCCACCGUUCCUUCGCACGAGGAUUUUCCCUUACACCAAGAGCCCACAAGUGAAGAUGAGUCUCAGCCACAGCCAUCACAGAAAGAUUCACAGUCCAAUUUCUGCACUGUCUGCCAUCCAAUAUUAAAUGGUCGUCCAUGCGAUGCUCAGGGCAACUUUCUUAGUGCAGGAGAGCCACCAGUACCAGCUUCUCCUCGCUCCGACAACAGCUUUUCUCCCUUCGAAGACCGUGAACAGUUUGAAGUCACCAACUUUCUGUUCCAACGUUCGCAAAUGCCUGCAGGCCAAAUCGACUUUCUCAUGCAGCUACUGGCAUCGAAGUACGGCGAUCCGAUUCUGGAUAAUGCCGAUCACAUGAAAGCUCUCAUUGACGAUAUCUCAAACGGCGAUAUUCCGUGGCAGAGCUUUGCCGGUCAGUAUAGUGGUGUCAUCCCCGAGUCCAACCCUCCGCCAUGGAUGGCUCGUGAAUACGAGGUGUUCUUUCGCUGUCCCCACCAGGUUGGUCAGAACAUGCUUGGCAAUCCAGACUUCGCAAAUGAGAUGGAUUUUGCUCCAAAGCGAGUAUACAGUCAGCAGGGGGAGCGAGAGUAUCAAGACUUCAUGUUGGGCAGUUGGGCUUGGAAUCAGGCGAACAUUAUCGCUCAAGACGAGGCGACACAUGGCUCGAUGUUCUGCCCAUUCAUUCUCGGAAGUGACAAGACAACCAUUUCAGUUGCGACAGGCCAGAAUGAGUAUUACCCGCUGUAUAUGUCUCUCGGAGUCAUUCACAACAGCACCCGUCGAUCCCAUCGAAACUCAGUAGCUUUAAUCGGCUUUCUGGCCAUUCCAAAGACCGACCGCCAAUACCAGAACGACCCGGCAUUCCGCAAGUUCCGGCGCCAGCUCUUCCACUCCAGUCUUACUCAUAUACUCCAGUCGCUCCGCUCUGGUAUGACCGUACCAGAAGUAAUCAAGUGUGCUGAUGGACACUACCGACGGGUGGUGUUUGGCCUCGGACCCUACAUUGCAGAUUACCCUGAGCAAGCACUGCUGGCUUGUAUCGUUCAGGGUUGGUGUCCAAGAUGUACAGCACAUCCAAGCAAUCUUGAUGAAGGCGGCAUCAGUCGCUCUCGUGAGCACACAAGGUUGCUUAUGGACGCGCUAGAUACGAAGGCGUUGUGGGACAAUUACGGAGCCAUCGGUGACAUAAUGCCUUUUACUGUGAACUUCCCUCGUGCUGACAUCCACGAGCUCCUUUCACCCGAUCUCCUCCACCAGGUCAUUAAAGAAACAUUCAAAGACCAUCUCGUGACCUGGGUUGAAGAAUACCUUGUUCUCAAACACGGAAAGACAAGAGCUGCUGUUAUUAUGGCCGACAUCGAUCGCCGAAUCGCCUUAGCACCUGCAUUUCCAGGACUCCGACGGUUCCCUGAGGGUCGAGGAUUCAAGCAGUGGACAGGUGACGACUCAAAGGCCCUAAUGAAGGUCUACCUAUCUGCGAUUGCAGGGCAUGUACCAUCUGGGAUUGUGCGCACUUUCAGUGCUUUCCUGGAUUUUUGUUAUCUCAUUCGCCGAGAUGUCAUCGACGAACACACGCUCUCCACCAUCGACGACGCUCUUGCACGAUUCCACCGAGAGCGAGUGGUGUUCAUUGACGAGAACGUGCGGCCAGAAGGCUUCUCACUUCCACGUCAGCAUGCUCUUGUACAUUACCGCAGGCUCAUCAUUCUCUUUGGUGCACCCAACGGCCUCUGCUCGUUGAUCACUGAGUCGAAGCACAUCAAGGCUGUUAAAGAGCUGUACUGUUGUUCAAGCAAGCACAAUGCGCUCUCACAGAUGCUCGUGACUAAUCAGCGGCUAGACAAGCUCGCCGCUUUUCGUGUUGAGCUUGCUGCGCGAGGAAUGCUAGAUGGCCCCCUUCCUGGUCUUCUCACUCACUUCCCUCUGAGUCCUCCCCCGCCGCAGCUUGCCAUUCCAACUACCAAGGGCUCUCUGCCAACUGAUGACAAUGAUGACGAGGGAGCUAUCGAUGGAGACCAAGUGGAGGCGGAGGUCGUUCUAGCCCGAAAUCCUAAGACACUCGCACACACUCUUGGCCAUCCAACCCUUUCUGAGCUUAUCAGACGCUUUUUGUACGACCUGAUCCAUCCUCAGGCGGAUACUCCAGGCUCAGAUGUUGAUAUAUCCCCCUGCCCCGACGCUCCCCCGCGCAUAAUCGUCUAUCCAUCUGCCAUCGCGACGUAUUAUGCACCUAGCGACUGGUCAGGAUCGUCUGGCAUGCGACAUGAGCGUAUACGCUCCGUACCUUCAUGGCGCGGCGAACCGAAGCGUCAAGACUGUGUCUAUGUUAACGCUGAUUCAUCUGUACCGGGCUUCUCAGGCUUGCACGCUGCACGCGUGCUGCUAUUUUUUGCCUUCAAGCACGCGGGCGUGACUCUUCCAUGCACUCUAGUCACAUGGUUCUCACCUGUCUCCAAUACUCCUUGCCAAGAUACCGGGAUGUGGAUCGUCGAACCAGAUGCUGACCAAGCUGGACAGAGGAUAAAAGGUGUUGUUCAUGUUGAUACUAUUGUUCGUGGUGCACACUUGCUGCCUGUGUUUGGAGACGAAUUUGUUUCGCAUACCUUAGAGCAUACGGACAGUUUAGACGCCUUUCGAGCAUUUUAUGUAAAUAAAUAUGCAGAUCAUCACGCGCAUGAAAUAGCAUCCUAG